AUGCGCUUUUGUUGGGAUCAACUUCUACAAGCAAUUGAAACCCUUGCUAGCAAUAUCCCGGAAUACCUGGAAAAGUUCCUCUCUGUAUUUAACAAAACCACAGUGGAACGAUUGCCAGAAAGAAAACCCUGGGAUCAUGCAAUCAAUCUAGAAGCCGGCUUUAAGCCCCAACGGGGAAAGGUCCAUCUGCUUUCACCAGCCAAACUUAAGGAGCUGGAUACCUUCAUUGAGGAAAACCUACGGAAGGGCUACAUCCACCCAUCAAAGUCUCCUAUGGCAUCUCCAUUCUUCUUCAUCAACAAAAAGUCUGGAGAUCUCCAACCAUGCCAAGACUACUGGAAACUCAAUGACACCACCAUCAAGAAUGCCUACCCUAUACCAAGAGUAGAAGAUCUAUUAGAUCGCAUCGCAUCCGGCAAGCCAACAAUAUUCACCAAACUCAAUUUACGUGCAGGCUACAACAAUAUACGCAUCAAGGAAGGUGAUGGAUGGAAAGGAGCAUUUAUCAUGCCAAGAGGCCACCUUUCAAGCAUGAUGGACGGCAUCUUUGCAGACCUCCUCCCAGAAGGAUGGCUAGUAAUCUACAUUGACAACAUCCUCAUCUACUCCACCAAUUAUUCAGAACAUCGGCAAUGCACUCAAUUAGUCCUUCAACGGUUGAAAGAAUCAGACCUCUUCCUCAAACCAGAAAAAUGCUUCUUUGACGUAUCAGAAGUCGAAUUCUUAGGAUUCAUUCUCUGA